AUGACGACGGGGUUGAUGCAGCUGAGCCGACUGCAACUGUACGGGCUCGGCUCGACCGUCGUCUUCUGCUACACCGUCAUCAACGCCUUUCGACAGCGCAGCAAUUUUUAUGCCGCAGCCGUAUACCUAAGUCAUUCGAAUGCGUGUGUGAUGGUACGUCCUACCCCUUGCCCUGUGCCUCUACGCCCCUCUGACGUGGUAUCCCCGAACGAGCCCAGAACGAACGAUGUGGAGCGCUGACCCCCACUGACUCGGUCUGUACUCGUGGCACUCCCUCACCGCGCCCCACUCUGCAAUCACACACGCACACACACAACACACAGAUCCUAUGGAACCAGGCCAUUUACCAAUUCGUGCUCUUUGGCAAACUGCUGCAAAAGAUAUUCUUUGGGCCACUGCGCCUCAUCGAAGUUGAGGUAUGCCCUCCUCAUUCAGGCUCUGAUGCAUCCUGACUGGAUCUGACCCCCUCGCCCUCGCCCAACCCCACUCAGAGGUUGCAAGAACGCGCAUGGUUCGCCAUCACCGAGACCCUGUUGGCUCUGACCAUCUUCAAGGACGAAUUCGAGUCGAGCUUUGUGCUGCUCUUUGUCUCGCUCCUCUUCCUCAAGGUUUUUCACUGGCUCUCGAGCGAUCGUGUCGAGAUGGCAAGUCAUCAAAGAACAUAUACAUUCAUUGUCGAGUAUCCUAUCAUGCACACCGCUGACUCUUCUUCGGCAUCUUCUCGCUCGCAGAUGGAACAAUCGGCCCAAGUUUCUCGCCUCGCCCAUCUCAGGAUGAUCUCGCUCCUCGCCCUUCUCUGGGUUGCCGACGUCGUCUUGCUCAUCUUCUCCGUCGAGUGCAUCCUCAUCGAAGGACCGACUGUCAUGAUCAUGUUUGCCUCCGAGGUAGAUCCUUCUAUGCAAGCGAUCUUUCGGCCCCAAGUCCAGAGGAACUGACUUCUCGUUCGUCCGGCAGUACAUGAUCCUGAUCGCCAACGUCUGGACUGUGACGAUGAAGUACAUCCUCAACUGCAUCGACCUCUGCUCUCAGGUUCCGUGGGAGGAAAAGUCCAUCUAUGGGCUCUACGUCGAUCUCACCGCUGGUCCGUCACAGGUUUUUUAACGUGCUUCCCACGCCACCCUCGACUGACCUCCCACACAUCUCCUCCCUCCCCCCUUUCCCCCACCUUACCAACGCAGACUUCUUCAAGCUGCUUACGUACCUGACCUUCUUCUCGCUUAUCCUCACCUUCUACGGCCUCCCGCUCAACAUCCUCCGCGACGUCUACAUGACCCUUCGUUCCUUCGUGCUCAAGAUCCGCGAUCUCCGCCGGUACCGCCAAGCGACAUCCAACAUGGACACCUUGUACCCUAACGCGACGCUCGAAGAGAUGGAGACCAUGUCGGACAAGACGUGCAUCAUCUGUCGCGAGGAUAUGGAGUUCCGGGGACCGACGGCCGCACCGACGGAUGGAGCGGCCGUGCCUGUUGAACCUGUUCCUCCACCGGCGCAACGCCAGGGUCCGAAUGAUACACCUAAAAAGUUGCCGUGUGGGCAUGUGUUCCAUUUCCAUUGCUUGAGGAGUUGGUUGGAGCGACAGCAGAGUUGUCCGACUUGGUAAGUCACCGCUGCUUAGUUCAAUCGUUCUAGAGAUCCCCGCUGACCCCGAAUCGAUGCCUUCACAUCACGAACAGCCGUCGAACGGUCCUGACCCCAGCCGAGCCAAGAAACGGAGGCAACAACGCCGGCCGAAGGGCCAACGGAGGAGGAAGAGGGCCACUCCCACCACUUCCUGGUCCCGCUGCUGCGCCCGCACCGAACGGCGAAGAAGCAAUCCGACAAGCGCAGAUCAACUUCGCUCGGAAUUUGGGACGGGAAGCGUUCGCGGUCGUGUUCCCCGACGUUCCGUUCCCACCUGAAGCGUUGCCAGCACCUAGGACGGCGCCCCAACCUGCGGUGUCGGGUACCUCGGCGGCGGCUGGUUCGAGUCGGGGUGUCGCCGAUGGACCGUCAGCUGCACCGACGUCGACCACAGGGGAACCUCGGUCGACCCUCCUUCCUCCACCAGGGCGCGUGGGGACUACGCCGCCCACGUCCCCCGAUCUGUCGAAUGCUAACCCCUUGUCUCGACUCGGUUCCGGACUCGGUUCAGCGUCUGCCGGACCACCUGGGAUUUUUGCUCAAGCGCCCUUGUCAAACUUCCCAUCCUUCGAGCUCGGAGGCGCCGGUGCAGGAGCUGGACUCUAUUCGGGCCUCGGGAUCGGUGGUUCGUUGCCUAUUCGAGGAGCCGGUGCUCCAUCGACUUUGGAAGCGAGGUUGCAGUACAUCCGGAGAAAGAUACGGGAGGCGUCGGAACCUGCUGCACCUAUCGCGAGUAUCUCGGCCGAGGGACCGGGUUCCCCCGCCGACGCUGUGCAGGGCGGCGAGGCAGAGCGGGCCAGAACGCAGGAGAAGAAGGAGAUGACGGCGAGGGAAGCGGCUUUGGCCGCGGCGGAGAGAAGAGCUGCACACGCUGGGAAGGGCACCAAGACGACCGAAGCGAAGCCAGUCGUCGUCGAGGACAAAAUAUCGGCGAACGCCGAGACGGUAUCGAGUUCGACUCUGCCGUCUUCGCCUCCGAUCGCGUCGACAACAGGUUCGAACCACGAUCAUCCUCGUUUGAUUCCCUUGUUCGACACGAUCGCACCUUCCACAACACCCUUCUCGUCCUCCUACCCUCGUCUGUCCUCAUCAUCCGAUGGCUCCUUCCUGCCCGAUGCACCUACGACCGAACAAUUGACCGAAUUGUCUCACUUGAAUCGAGGUACGAUCGAAACUCGACUCAAGCUCUUGCUUCGAUGGCGGGGCAAGAUUGAAGGAUUGGUCGAGGAGAUGAAGGCUGUAUUGGAAGUUAUUCCUCCUUCGUCCGGGUCAACGGAGACUGUCGGCCAAGGGGAGGUGAGGAAGAAGGAUAAAGGCAAGCAACCGACAGAAGGGAUUCACGCGCCAGUGGCGGAGGCUUGA